CUGAUAAAGGGGAAAAUAUAAAAAGGAUUGAGCUUUUGAGUGAUCUUAAGUGGAAUUAAGAUCUAAAGUAUAAAAAUGGCUGAAAUAACACACAUCAAUCCAUUGCUGCUUGUCACCGAGAAGCAAAUACAAGGUGUGCGUGCAUGCUGCGACUUGGACGUGAAACAGCUCAGAGAGUCCAUCGACGCGGUCCUGGAGUGGUGUUCGAAGGAGCCGCAUCUUGAAGGCGCUGUUCCGAUAUUGAAAAGACUCCGCUUGAUAGAACGAACUCUGCUGAUCACAAAAGGGUCCAUAGAAGAGACUAAGAAGAGAAUAGAAGCUGUCUUGACCUCGAGAGGAAUGAUGCCAGAACUGAGCCACAAUCGGUCGGUCGACGAAUUUAAAACUAUCCUCGGUUGCUUAAAUUACGUGAACUUACCAAAACUAUGUCCAUCAGAUAACUCCAGAGUGAUAUUAGUAAAUUUUAACAAGGAGAACAUCGAUGAUUUUACACUAUUGGGUUAUUUUAGAUAUGCAUUUUAUGUAGGAGAAUACAGGCUGUUUGAUGAUUACACUAUCAAUGAGAGAUAUGUGAUUGACCUAGAAGGUGUACAUUUGGGACUGCUCACUAAAAUCAACCCCAUUUUGUUGAAGAAAGCAGAACUAUUGGCCACAGAAGGUUACGGUACCAAAAUAAAAGGUAUCCACAUAAUCAACGCACCAAAUUGGGUAGACCGAUUCGUGUUUAUUCUGAAGCAGUGCAUGAAACCGAAGGUAGCGGGUAGGCUGCACGUGCAUAACUCCAUCAGUGACUUCCAGAAACACGUGCCGAAGGAAAUCUUACCUAAAGAAUAUGGCGGUGAUGAGCAGUCAGUCGGAAAGCUAGCUGACGCCUGGAACGACUUUAUGAGCAAUGAAGAGACAAAGCAAAGAAUUAAGGAUUUAGACCAACUGGUAGCCGACGAAUCCAGAAGAACAAACACCAAAUUCAACGAUGAAUACCUGGGCAUGCCUGGCUCUUUCAGAAAACUUACUGUUGAUUAGAAUACCGAUAUAAUUUAGGCAUAAUUCAAGGCACACUGAAUAGUCGUGAUUCCUUGUGGAAUCACAAGGUGGAGUGUACUUAUACCUAUAAUGUAAUACCUCUGGUAAUACGUAAAGAAUUCUUGUUUUCUUUAUAGUUACUACAGGCAAAGAGAAUAGAGUGUAUAGAGAGUUACUGUCAUGGUAAAUUAUGUAGCCACAGUACAUUUACUGCCAUCUUUCGAUAGAAGAUUAAAACUGUUAGAUCACAAUUUGAUUUUGAUCCUUAUUCUUUCACUGAUAUAUGUUAAUUUGUUAAAUAUUGAAAUUAACGCCAUCUACUCGACAGUAGGCCAAAAUUAUGGCGACAUCGCUCGAAAAGAUUGCACCAUACCUUUGGCCUACUUAACUGUCGAGUAGAUGGCGUUAAUUUCAAUAUUUAACCAAUUAACACUUACCUAUCAGUGAAGGAAUAAGGAUCAAAGUCAAAUGGCGUUCUAACAGUUUUAAUCUUCUGUCGAAAGAUGGCAGUUAAUUUACUGUGGCUACAUAAUUUACUUUCACAAUCCGCCUCUAUUUCAAAUUCUCUUUGCUACAGGUGUACGGUGGACAUCAGUUUAGUCUUAUGAUAACUUUAGUUGCGUAUGUUUUAUACGUUUGUGGUGGAAUUGUGUUAAAAAAUAGAAUAAUAACUGUUGAAGGUAUAUUGAAAAUCGGCCAUGUUAGAAAAUAUAAAUCUGUGUUCUAAU